UUCUCAGCACUCGUUCUGCAACAAAGACCUUUUCUCUCCAGGUCACACACACUUAUAUAUCUAUAUUUGCACACACACAGUGAGAAACACAAAGCAGAAGUGGACGGAGACGCAGAGUUUCAGUCACUGUGUUUGGCUAUGGCUCAGGGCUCAGACAGCAAUGACACAAGCUACAAGUCUCCUUCACCUGGAAGCAGACCGGGCUCCUCGGAUGAUGUGAAGAAGGUGAUGCGGAGGGAGAAGAACCGGAUUGCUGCUCAGAAGAGCAGGAUGAGACAAACUCAGAAAGCUGACAGCCUUCACUUGGAGAGUGAGAACCUGGAAAAGGAGAACGCAGCCCUGAGGAAGGAGGUGAAGCAACUGACUGAGGAGGCCAAGUAUCUGAAAUCUGUGCUGAGCACCCAUGAGCCUCUGUGCACCGGCCUGGCCCCUCAGACCCCCGACCUCCUCUACCCUCCUCCUCACAGCAGUUACCACCAGCACAUCACUGUACCACACUACCAGCUCUGACCUGCCCAACUACCGAGGACAUGCUACGAAACAGACCACUGACCUCAAUGGAGAAAGACUGACUGGAGAUGAGUCUUUAUUUGUCGAGACCUGACUAAGGAGUAACCGGGCAGGCCAACAUGUCCGUCAAAGAAUGAAAGAAUGAAAGAAUGAAAAAGCAUGGAACCCCAGCUGUAACAUGCAGUAUUCAAAAUUAUUUAUUUUGCUUCUGUUCCACUGUUUUUUUUUUCCAAUUGUGAAUCUGUGAAUUGAAAUGGCUUGAUGAGUAGAAUUAUCAACCAGUCUAUGUUUACAUUGGGAGAGAUAGUUUAUGUCCAGGUGACUCAGGCAAUAUUUUUUGUAAAGUGCUUAUUUUUAGCAUCACCGGGAGAACCUUUUGUCAUCAUGUCAUGUGUGUUCCUCGUGUUCUUACUGUGUUUUACUGUGUAAAUGUUGAUGAAUAAUGCUCAGGAGCUUUUGACAGAACGAUUGUUGACAAAGAGAAUGUAAAAUCGAGAUUAUAAAAACGCUUAAAUAUACAAAAAAAGAGGAAAAAAAGUGCUUGAUUUGGUGAGAAAGUGGACUUUUUACAGAUCUCGCUUCUUGCACUGGAGGUAAAAAAAAAAAAAACAACAAAAAAAAACUAAACCAAAAAAACACACAUGAACAGAUGUAUUUAUUAAAAGUGAUGCCUUUAGGAUGAUCAUCUGUAACCUCAGGGGUGUUGUUAUUUUUUAACCUCCUGGGAGGACUUUUGUACGACGGAGUAUUAAGGCCAAACUAAGACAAAUAAAAAUAUAGGAAAUUACGAGAAUAAAGUCAUAAUG